AUGAUCGUUUGUCGAAGCUUUCUAGUGGCGGGUAAAUGGCUGGAUAAGCUUGCUGGUACAACGCUUGGUUAUGAGCCUGCAACGGGAAGUGACGCAACAACAUAG